GCUCUGUUCAAUAUGACCAUUAACAAAAAUGUUGUAGUCCAUAUCGGACUCGGCAACUUCAGUCGUGCCCACUUUGCUCGCUAUCUACACGACUAUAAUGCUAUUGCCAAGCAAGAAGGCCUGGUGGAAUGGGAGAUUCGUGCUGUUGACCGUGAUACGCAAAGAACGAGGGACCUGAUUGAGUAUUUCGAAACAACGAACUACACAUACGACCUCAUGGCUUCUAGUGAGUCUUAUAAUAAGACCACAAAGAUCGGCUCGAUUGUAGAUCUUGCAAACAUGGGCGUUGAUCCUCAGCGCGCCAUCGACAUUAUCGCAGAGUAUAGCACAAAAAUAGUCUCGUUGACUGUAACAGAGAAGGGAUACAGUUGCGACUUGGCGACGGGCAAAAUUAUGAUGAACAAUGAGCUGGCUCACGAUUUAACGGCAGAGGGUGCCAAAUCUCCCAAGUCUAUGUUGGGGCUGGUCACAGAGGCCCUGCGCGUGCGCAUGGAGUCUGGAAUGCCCCCGAUUACUUUGAUGAGUUUAGAUAAUAUUCCAGGCAAUGGGCACGUGUUCCGCAAUGCGGUGAUGGAGUUUGUAAAAAUGAAGGGUAACAGGGAGCUCGAAGAUUGGAUCAGAGAAAAGGUGGCAUUUCCUAGCACCAUGGUUGAUCGUAUCACUCCUAACACAGUGAAUGCUUCCGAUACAGUUAUUUGUGAGCCUUUCAGGCAGUGGGUGAUAGAAACCAAUUUCUGCAACGAGCGGCCCCAGUGGGAGUUCAUGUCUGGUCCCAAACUUGUUUUGACACCCAACGUCCUACCAUACGAACACAUAAAAGUUCGACUUCUCAAUGGUACACACAGUGCACUAGCAUAUUCGGCAUUCCUCACAGGCCACGUUUUUGUAGACAAAGCCAUCACUGAUACUCGCCUACAGAAGUUAACAACCGCCAUUAUGGCUGAGACAGUAGUCACAGUUCAAGAAGUACAAGGCAUGGAGCUAGACAAAUACAUGGCCAUGUUGUGCGAGCGGUUCUCCAAUUCGAAGGUUAGUGAUACUAUCACCCGCCUGUGCGAGGAUGGCAGUGUUAAAGGGAGCAGCUUUUGGAAGCCAGUGAUUAUUGAUCACAUCAAAGCCCACAGGGAAUUCCCGGUCAUGAGUAUUGCAAUUGCAUCAUGGAUUCGAUUUUGUUUGGGCGUGGAUGCACAUGGUAACGAAUACAUUGUGAAAGACCCGUCUAUGGCUGAAGAACUGAAGAGUUUAGCCGAAGUAGCCUUUUAUCAUGGUGAUGUAAAACCCUUCCUUCUUGCAGCGUUUGGUGGUGAGGUAGGGGCGAAUAAUUUCUUGAUUGCACAAGUGCAAACCGCUUACAGUCAAAUUGCUCUGCAAGGUGGUAUGGAUGCAUUCUUGUCGAAUAUGUUGCGCAACGAUGCAAGCAGAGAACAAACUCCGGACGUGCCACCUCAUACUGGGACUGAUCCGGACAACAAGCAGAAUCCAUUGCUUUGUUUACGAUCACAAAUGAGCUUGCCUCUCGGCGAUAGCAUAGCUGAUAUAUCGACAGCAAUUGCUUGAUUACAAUGUACAUAAGUUUAGUAAUUUGAUCAGAUAAUGAGUAUUAAAAAUAAUCCUUUAGUAAUUGAUGUGCAGUAAAUUGUG